AUGAACCCAAUUGCAAAUUCUUGUACAAAUCCGCCAGCUCCGUCAAGACCGAAAUACCACCGCUCUGCACCACCGUCCGCCGCUGUCAUUUCGGCCGUCUAUGAACAGUUAGAUCAAGAAAUGGAUUCGAGUGACAAAAACCCAGAUCCAGUGAUUUCUGCUUCUUCAACUUCAUCGUCAUCUGAUCCUUGGAAAGAGCGCAUUCUCGUUCCUACUCUACUUGCUGGGGUUGCGGGUGCCGGAGUUGGAUUGAUAUCCAAGCAUCGAAAAGUUCACGGCAUUUCAAAUAUUUCAGCUACUUACGCAGCUAAUUUUGCUAUUAUAACUGGUUGCUAUUGCGGUGCACGUGACUUUGUAAGGGUGAGCAGAACUGGAAAACCCGAUGAUUUGCUGAACUCGUUAAUUGGAGGUUUUGGUAGCGGCGCUAUUCUGGGACGUCUGCAAGGUGGUCAAGUUGGCGCUAUUCGGUAUUCAAUACUUUUUGCUGCUGUUGGAACAACAGUCGACUACGCCACUCUUAAACUAAAGCCCGUCGUAAGUAGAUUUAUAGAAGAAAAGGAUAGUUGGUUCAAGUUGCCGGAAUGGUCACCUAUACGAGUACUCGAUGAUGAAGCUGUUGCAGCAAAACGUGCUCGGGAACAAGAAAUUUACAGAAAUGUCCAUAAUUUGAACAAAGAAAAAUCUUGA